AGGUGCAAUUUAAAAAAAUAUUUAUUUCGUGAACUUGAUGUUCACUAAUAAUAACUCCUGGCUUUUUCUGCCAGUUUGUGGUGACGAAAUAAUGUAUUGGUUAUCAAUCAUAUAAGAAGCUAAAGUAUUUAUGAAAUAAUGAAUUAUCGCGUGGCCGUGUUUAAUAAACUAUAAAAAUUGUGUCCAUUGAUGCAACAACCGCCACCCAUCAUGGGCAGACGCCGCUACAGGCUGAGCGACGUGGUUGCGAUGGUAUGCACGCCAUGCGCGGUGCUCCUGUACGUGCACCUCUCGGUCGUGUCCUACACGGCGGAGAAGGUGCAGCUGCAACAGUCCAGCCUGAGGACCUCCCGAGGGCCCGAACAUCCUGAACAACAAAUCAGUCGGGAAGAAGGAACAAAUCAGUCGGAAAGGUACCUCCAUUCCUGUUUUAGUGAUUUGCCCCUCUCCCCUCCCCAGAAAGUCCCCCUCGGUCCCCCCCUGAACAUAACCCCGCGGGGGGCGCCGGAGCAGCUGUUGUUCACCCCCAUCCUGCAGAGCGGUUCUUCCUCCGUCAAGAACCUCCUUGGCUUCCUUAAAACUGAGAACCACUUUAAGUUGAUAUCAGAACCACCGCAGAAGACCUUGAUCGUCCAUAUCGAUAAGGAAGAAGUCAAGGCGCGCAUCGUGAACACAACCGCCCACAUGAGGGGUGCCACUGCCCUCGUCCACUCCUUCGCAUACCUCGACUUCCCCAAGUACGGGGGGCGGCAGCCCGUGCAGGUGAGCGUGGUGCGCGAGCCCGUGGACCGCGCGGUUGCGCUCUUCUACCGCGCACGCGCGCCCUACCAGGUCGUCGAGCGCCACGUGCUCUUCCCCGACCUCGAGCUCCCCAAGCGCAACUUCCUCAAGAAGAGCAUCGAAGCGUGUCUCGAUGACCCACAAGACAAGGAGUGUCGCCGCCACGUCGGCCGCACGCACUUCGGCCACACCAUCGAGUUCUUCUGUGGACACCAUCCGCAGUGCGCGAAGUUUGGGAGCGCAGAGGCGCUGGCGCUGGCCAAGCGUCACGUGGAGAAGAGCUACGCCGUCGUGGGGCUGCUGGAGGAGUGGCCGCUGACGCUGGCUGUGCUGGAGCGCUACGUGCCACGCUUCUUUGCUAACGUCACGGCUAAGUAUUAUGAUAAGAUCCACGGCAAGCAGUUCUUCAUGAACAAGAACUUCUACAAGCCGAAGGUGGCGCCAUGGGUGCGAGCUGAGAUCGCGCGCAACAUGACCGUCGAGGUCGCCUUCUACAACUUCCUCAAGGAGAGGUUGAAGCGACAGUAUGCCGCGCUGUUCAGGGCAAACGAUUAAAAAAUUUUGUAUUUAGAAAUGUUAAAAGUGAUGAGCGUUGUAGAAUUUCAUCAAGGAGAGGUUGAAGCGACAGUAUGCCGCGCUGUUUAAGGCAAACGAAUAUACUUUAACCUCCGUGCAAAUGUCGCUGAAAAAACGUUUGAGAGACGCGAAUUCAACGUUUAAACGCUUAAUCAACAUUAAUUUAGCGUCAGAUAUAUGACCGGUUGUUCAGAGGUUUUAUGAGUCAUUACUAGUUUUAAGAAGUUAUGUAUUUAAGGUAGUCAGUUAUUUAAUUUAUUCAAUUUCACUAUCGGCUUUAAGAUGGUUGAAAGGGAUUUAAAACAUCCUCGAAACGCAAACGGGAUUAAAUUAAGUCUUUUUUUUUU